CUUGUAUUGCCCCUCCCCCUCUCCAUUGACCUUGGUGUGAAAGAGUCCUUUCAGGAGCCGUUCUGCCAAUCAACUGAUCUGGAGUCCGUCGCUCCCACACUUGAGUCCUCCAGGUGUUUUGAACUGCAGUUCCCAGAAGCCUCAGCUGCCUUAGCCAAUGAGGUGGGAUUCUGGGAGCUGAAGUCCAAAACUGGAAGGCCCUAACACUGGUGCAGUGGACUUUAAGCCAAGUGUUUGGAUAACACAGCCCAGCGAUGAAAAAGAAGAAGAAGAAAAACUCCCCCACUAUUUUAACUAUUGUUGAUGUGUUUGGAGGUUGGGUUGCUGUGAGAUUCUCGGGCUCCUGACGUUUCACCCACAUCUAUGGCAGGCAUCCGCAGAGAUUGUUAGGUAGAAGCCUCCUACAUGAACUAACAUGACAUCAUGGCAAGAUUUCGCCGGAGAACAUGUGUCAUUUUGUUGCUGUUUAUUUUAUUUAUUUGCUCCAUAAUGAUGGCCUUGAAAACUUUGAGACCUGAACGAGCAGGAUUUGGAGAUCCAUUUGGCAUUGGCCUUUUGCCAGAUUUUCAGCAGCAAACAAAAUAUUUUAAAAAUAAAUUCAGUCUACAGAAGGAAGCCAAGGAAGAUAGCUUCACACAUGCCAAAAAUGCACACUCACUGAUUAUGAAUGACAAAAUGCCAACAGGAAGAAUAGAUGAAGAGCUGCCAUCUCCAAACUACAACUUUCAUGUGUUUUACUAUAGCUGGUUUGGGACUCCACAGUUUGAUGGGAAAUAUAUUCACUGGAACCAUCCGUUGUUGACACACUGGGAUCCCAAAAUUGCAAGUGGUUAUCCACAAGGAAGACACACUCCUCCAGAAGAUAUUGGAUCUAGCUUCUAUCCUGAACUUGGUCCAUAUAGCUCCAGAGAUCCUUCUGUCAUUGAUGCUCACAUGAGGCAGAUACGCUCAGCCUCCAUUGGUAAAUAGGUAUUUUUGAGAUAUUUUCAGUAAUUCCUCUCUUUUCUCCAAUAUAUUGCAGCUACAAGGGAAGGUUUUUUGAUGCAUUAUUAUUUCUGUAUUAAUUUUUCAUCAGUUUGUUAUAUGAUUCUUCAUUAAAUCACAACUGUCUCUUGUUCAGGGGCUGAGUAAAAAAUGUCUUGUGGUAGCCAUACAGAAGGAGUUCUGGCUCUUUCUUGGUAUCCACCCAAUAUGGCUGAUGAAAAUGGAGAACCUACUGAUGUUCUGGUGCCAACUAUUUUGGAUAUUGCAGAUAAGUACAAAUUAAAGAUCACUUUCCAUAUUGAGCCAUACAAAGACAGAGAUGAUCGCAAUAUGUACAGCAAUAUCAAAUACAUCAUAGACAAAUAUGGGAGCCAUCCAGCUUUUUACAGACACAAAGUCAGCACAGGUAGAACCCUUCCCAUGUUUUAUGUUUAUGAUUCUUACAUAACAAUUCCAGAAAUAUGGGGAAAUCUGCUUACUAUAUCAGGAUCCCAAAGUAUCCGAAACACACCCUAUGAUAGCUUAUUCAUUGCCCUUCUUGUGGAAGAAAAACACAAGCAUGAAAUCUAUAGAAGUGGCUUUGAUGGGAUUUAUACAUAUUUUGCUACAAAUGGAUUCUCUUACGGCUCAAGCCAUCACAACUGGCCUAGUCUGAAAGCUUUUUGUGACACCAAAAACUUAAUGUUUAUUCCAAGCGUGGGUCCAGGCUACAUAGACACCAGCAUCCGACCCUGGAACAACCACAAUACGCGGAACCGUGUCAAUGGCAAGUACUAUGAGACAGCGUUCAGUGCAGCGCUUCUAGUGCGGCCUGAAAUAAUUUCCAUCACCUCAUUUAACGAAUGGCAUGAAGGGACGCAGAUUGAAAAGGCCAUUCCAAAGAAGAAUGGAAAGACAGCUUAUUUAGACUAUCAGCCGCAUAAACCAAAUAUUUAUCUGGAGCUCACCCGAAAGUGGUCUGAAGAAUAUAGCAAGGAGAAGGAGCAGUGGCUUACAUGAGAUAUGACUGUGUUUGACGAUUCUACAAUGAGCCCCUCCCUGUGUCUCACUGGUAAACUGAGAGCUUUGUAAUUUGUGAGGGUGGCACCUGCACUAUUGCUAUAGCUUUGCUAAGACAGAACUAAAAGAGUAAAAGUGACAAUAGCAAGCAAUACUAACUCCUCGGUUUCUUAUUUUAUAUGGAAAAUAUCUUGGCAGCAAUACAAUACUGUACAUACUAAUACUCUGCAUAUUUCAAGUACACCACAAGAAUAUGUGAUUAACUGUUUUAGUGGAAUGAUACAGAACUUACUUCAACUUCAUAUCUUAGGUUUUUAACCCAGUUGGUUAUGUAGGCUCUGCAUGCAGCUAGGCUUCUGGGUGUUUUUCUAGAAAAAAAUCCUCCAGUUGCUUCUCAGAGUUAAGCAAAUUUAGAAGCAGCUUCCAAUAUAGUAUGAAUAGAUGUAGCCGAACACUAAAACCUCAGUGUUCAUCUAAAAGCCUUUUUGUGGCAACUAGUUAGAUCAGGUUUCAGAACAAAUGUGAAGAAAAAAUGUACUUUCAGGUACUCUGUCAAGAAUACUUGAUUAGUUCUUGAAGACUAAUGAGUAUUCAGUACACAAAACAACUUUUAUUUGAUGGUAAAGAACAGAAUGCAGUAAGAAUGUCUCAAGAGCUACUUAAAACUCAACUUGGAGCCCUAGAAGAGCACAGCCUCUUUUUUCCUGUGCCAGCCCUGUUAUUUUUUUGGUACAAACAGCCAUAAUUGGUGGUUGAUAUUCAUGCUGUGUAUUUUUAAUAUUUCCUAGGUGUCCAAAGUGUAUAUUUUACAUAGCGGUUUAAAAGUGUUAUCUUUAAGUUUGCUCUUGCUUUAGUAAAAAUGAGUGAUAUGAAAUUGUGAUACUGAUAAUUACUAAUAGUUUUAGUGUGGCUUCUAUAAAGCAGAUAUUUGGCAAUGUUGCAUGCCUCAUGUUAAAACUUGAAGCAAACAACCAGUUUUAUGUAGUAGCUUUACUAACUAGCAUAACUAGUACUAACAAAUAGAGUGAAAUCCGUUAGAAGAAAUAAUUAACUACCACUAAAAUGUAUCUUUUUAAUUUAGGUUGACAACCUGCUUUCUUUCCUCCCUCUACACAAAAGAAGAAAGUGUUUCCUCACAGGUUAGCAACUCCUACUAUGGCAGUUCCCUAGUUGUUGACAGGAUGCCAUUUUGAGGGCAUUUGACACAGUAUGUAGGCGAGGACUGAAAUGGAAAUGUUACAAGAUGCCAGUGGAGCAACCAUUAACAGAUUUAUUAGUCACUUGAAUUAUUUUCAGAGAAGAAGAACAUGUUUUAGCAAGAUUUGGCUUUUUAAAAAGCAGACUAAAAAUUAAUUUUGUGGAAAAAUACAAAAUUGUGGUCAUGUGAAGUACAAUGUGGUAAAAUGACGAUAGUUUGAAUGCAUGGAGAGUGACCAAGAUUAAAACUACCAAAAUCAUAUUAGAAUAAUACAUACACGUUCUUCACUUACAUUCUUUGUUGGCACAGAUUUAUUAAAAGAGAUUGAAGCACCUUCACAUUUAUAAAUGGAAGUUCAGUCUUCUCUUCUAGGAGUGUGCUAUUUCAAUAUUUAGGGGGAAGAUUGUUCACAUGCAAUUGCCUCAUAUCUGUACCCCAUAUACUCUUUACCAUUGAAUAAUGUCUCAAAAGAGAUUUAUUAAAAUAAUGAAAAUAAUAAAUAUAUUUAGCUUCAUACACAGGAAUUUAAAAACUGGGCCUCUUUUGAUCCCAGUGAGAAUUUCAGUUUACUGUGUAGUGUAUAAAUACCCCAUGCCCAAAGGAGUGUUUUAAAAUCAAACGUAUUCCGUCCACACCCUCAGAUGAGAAAGAGUUAGGCAGAAUUAAAAUAAAAUAAAGCAAAACUAUGCGCCUCUUAUGUUGUGAAGUAUAUACUGUUAAUUUCUUCAGAAUGGGAUUAGCCCACUAACAACUGCAGCACAUGCCAUCUGCUUCACUGUUAUUACAAUAUACCUAGACACACACACACACACACAUACACAGAGAGAGAGAGAGAGAGAGAGAGAGAGAGAGAGAGAGAGAGAGAGAGAGAGAGAGAGAGAGAGAGAGAGAGAGAGUGAGUUCAUGGGACAUACCCUUGUAUGUUAGAACAGGUGUGCCGGGGUAUCCAAAGGCAGAGAUCAGUAGAUUUGUUUGAUCAAUUUUAACAGGGUCUAAAAUAUCCCAUUCUACUGCAUGCUAAUUGAAAAGUAACAAAAAAGAAGUCUUUGGAAUUUAAAGUUUUGGGCUUGGACUUGACUUUCAUAUGUGAGCCAGUUUUUUUGGUUUAGGGUCCCACUCAAAUACUGGUUUUCAGUUACAGAGGCUUGUUUCAUAAGAGUAUCUGUGCUUUUCAGUAACAUACUAUAGGAUGUUGUGGUUUUUUAAUGAGUGCCUUAUGAUGUCUAAGUUCAAAGUGCCUGUUCUCUGAGCUCCUUUGACACAUAAAACUAAUAGUAAACCCUCUAGCGUAAUUCAGUGUAUAUUUCAUGAGCUUGGUUUUGCAGUUUUCACAACUUUUCAGUUUAUUACAACAUAUAGCAUUGAUUAUGAAGGAGGGUUGGUGAUUUUUUGAUUUGGUUAGCAAUUGGCAAAAUUCCCUUCCCACCACAUUAUUUGGAACUGGGAAUUGCAAACCAACAGUGUGGUAUGGUGAUUUGAGUGUUGAGUUUGAGUGUUGACUGCAGGAUAUCAAUCAGUUUAAAUCCCUGCUUGGUCAUAUAAAUCUACAUGUAAGUCACAUUCCCUCAGCCUCAGAAACACAGCAGCAAACCUGUGAAAAGUCUUGUCAAGGAACCACUAGAGUGCAGUUGACAGAAAUCUGAGUUGGCCUAAAAGCACAUAACAAACUAAAUUACUUUCUUUAGAAAGUUAACAGAUAAUCUGAUUUAUUCCAAACUCAUUCUUAAAUCCAGGUUCCAGUUACUGGUCUUUUGAUGACCUUGUCAGAAACAUAAUAGGACCCAAACUUUUCUUCUUUGUAGCCUUUCCCCUUUUACCUGGACUGGUAGCUGCAAGUAUGGCUACUCCAAGAAUGGCUUGCUAGAGACUUCUCUUUUGCCCCCAGCAUUUGUCGUUUUUAGGAAAGUAUAUGUCAUCUGGAAGAGAUUUACUGAGGCUGCUUUCUCCUCUUCCUCCUCUUCUUCUUGCUAGGCCAACUAAGUAGAAACAAGAUGGGAGGGAGGAUUCAUGCUGCAAAACCUAGUGAGUUCUCCAAAUUCCACCCUUCAUUUUCUUUCAGCUACUGACAAAUCCUUUAGGAGUUAAUGCAGAUGAAAUCCAUAUUUUCUAGCUGCCCUAAAAUAGAAAUUAAUCAUAUUCUGUGGUUAGUUUUUCUUACAAGAGAUCUUGUCAGAAAUUGACAGUAGAGGGUUUGUUUAUUUUAAAAGUACAGAUUGAUGGGCAUCAACCAAACUGAAGUGGGUUCAUCACUGCCAUUUUUAAAAAAAAUAAGUGCAGAAUUACAUGGGUUGCUAUAUUCUGAAUAGAUUACAUCUCUGCCUUCUAAGCCAUGGUAAAAGAUUCAUGACAUAUUCUCUUAGAUAGUUUUAAAAGGCUCAAAUUACAUUAAUAUUAAUGAUAAAACUUAAAGGGAGACACAAGAAAAACAUAGGGAUAAAAAAUUGUCAUAAGGCUGACAUUUUAGAAAUAUCAGCCAAAAUGGUUUCAAUCCAAAUGAUUACAUCAAGGUUUAAGCAAAUUCACUGGACAAAUUCUUCUACAAACAGGAGUCAAAAUUGAAAAGGCUCUCUCCUCUCCCUUGUCACUACCCUUUAAGUCUCACACAGGUAGAAAAUGUAUGAAGCCCCUAGACACUAAUUUCAUGAUUUAAGCAAAAAUAGGGGGGAAAGGUCAAGAUCAAGUACUGUGAUCCCAGGCCAUAUGAUGUUUUAAAGACUGAACCUAGUAUAAAUGGAUAUCAUUAAAUCCAAAAACAGUGUUGUGUAUUUGCCUGCAUUAAAUGAAGGGGGAGGGAUGAAGAUUACAUCACUGUUAUCUAAUUUUAAAAGCUGUAGCAAAUCAAAUGGAUGGUGAGCUGAAACUCUGUAAUGCACUCUAUUAAUUCAGAAUUGACCCUAUUUUUAAGCUAACAAAUUGAGACAACAGUGCUAGGCUUUUAAAUUAAAUGUAAAACACACUGUUUUCACAGUUGAUAUCAAAGAGCCUUGCUAACAUUCUUUGCUAGAAGUCAGGUUGAUUAUUAUUUAUUUUAUCAUUUACUAAUUACUAUGUAAAUUGAUUAUAAGAACAGGCUAUUGCAAGAGCCAGAAAAUAAUGAAUCAGAGACUAAAUACAGUAACUUGGAGUGUUUGCAUAUACAUGAUACAAUUGAUCAAAUGAAUCUGAUUAUAUUACAGCCUAAGACCUAAAUAUCCUAAAAGCACCAGAUCCUGUCUGAUCUUGAAAGCCAAGUAAGGUCUCGGUUAAUAAAUUAUCAGUGACCACCAAGCAAUACCAGUUGCUGUAGACUGUGUUUCACAUGAAGGAACUGGCAUUGGAGUUUUCUUUGCCGAAGAAAAUCCUUCAAAAUGGUUGCCAUAAUCUGCAUAUGUUUUAUGACCUAAAAUAAGCCCCCAUAACAUCAGUGGAAUUUCCUUCCUCCAGUGAAUACUUCAGAGCUCUCAAAUUAGUUUAUAAAUAGUUAAGGAUUUGGGCCUAAUCAUGCUCUAAAACCAAUGUUAUUAUUUUUUUGGUACUUUAAGUAAUAUAUUUUAUUUUGGCUUAGUUUAGUUUUUUAGUCACACCUUUCAAAAUAGUAACCUAAGGUUUUUGUAAGAUCUUUUCUUUCCCUUCACUUCUUCAGUUGUGCUCCUGCUCAGAGCUGGGAUCAAACUGAGUUAUGUACAUGCUGCAUCUGAAAAGUGGCAGGCUACAUCUUAAAAUGAGAAGUGGCUUGUAUUUUCUGCCCAGUAGACAGGUAUAGUUUGGACUUCAAAGAAACCUCCAGUUAAACAAUCACAGUUCUCUACUGUACACUCUUGGCUUCGGGAUGCUUCAAAAUAGUUCUGGUGUCAGCUAGAAGAAUUUGUCGCAAUCCUUUUCCUUCAGAAGUUUGGGUUUUGAAAGCAGGGGUUGCUGAAGUAGCACUCUUUUAGUGACCUAGUUGCCCAGUGCCACAGUGGGUUAAACCCUUGUGCUGGCAGGAUUGAUGACUUGAAGGUUGGGUUGCUGACCUGAAGGUUGCCGGUUCAAAUCUGACCUGGAGAGAGAGCAGAUGAUGAGUUCCCUCUAUCAGCUCCAGCUCCAUGCGGGGACAUGAGAGAAGCCUCUCACAAGGAUGGUAAAGAUAUCAAAAAUAUCCAGCCGUCCUCUGGGCAAUGUCCUUGUAGACGGCCAAUUCUCUCACACCAGAAGCGACUUGCAGUUUCUCACGGGAAAAAAAUGACCUAGUUCUUCUGUCUUUGACUUUAUUUGUAAUCUCUGCUCCUGUGUAGCAUAGAGUUUACAUUAAUUCUUAAAAUAGCAGUAUCUAUGGGAUUGUUUCAAUUGCGUAGCAGAAGUAAGCAGCUUCAGAGGUUCCAUAUUUUCAAUUCCCAUCCACUCCAAAUUUGCAGUUGGUUGCACUACUGCCAUAUGGCUGUGUUUCUGCAAUAAAGGGGAUUCUUAAUUUUCCAUUAAAGUUUGGUGGCAAGCCCCAAAAAAGUUUCACUUUUAAAACUAUAAGAUUUUGGUUCAGUCCCAAUCUUCUGCCAGAUUUGCUAGAUGAAGUUUAGAAAGUUGGAGGACUACAGAGAUUCCUGGGAAAUAAAUGUAUGCUGUAUACUUCUCCUUUAUAGCAUAGAAAUUACAGCAGGUCUCAGCCUUAUUCUCUUAAUCAGAAUUUUGAAAUCUGAAAUAUUCCAAAAUCGAAUAUUUUCCUCAUGUGUGACUAAGAAGUUUGUUUAUUUCGUGUCAAAAGCAUUGCACAAUAAGUAAGUUUAAAAGUGAUGAAAUAAAGGAAAUCACAAGCAGCUAAAUAGUUUUAGACCAGAAGCGGGCAACAGCGAUCGCAUUGUCCGUAGCUUUAAACAACUCCUCCUCCGUACAUGAGGCAGGACAUUUUGGGCAAGCAUACAUAUGCAGAGUUGUUUGUUCUGCUCCACAGUCACACAAGGUGGAGGAUUCCUCCAGGUAGUGCCAUUUUGCCAGGUUGUCUUUUGAUCUGCCCACUCUGCUUCUGAGUCUGUUUAGGGACUUCCAAGUUAUCCAUUCUUGGUUUGCCCCUGGAAAGAAGACCCUCAUGGGGGGCCAUCCAGUUAGAAUUGCCUGGUUCAGCUGCCCAGAGGGACACCCUUGCUGUUGCUGGGGGAACAUCAAGAGGAGUAGUGGUUCUCAUGAAGCCCUUCCUUGAUUUGAGUCUGGUGGGAGGAGGCUGAUAGUCAUGCAGUGGGUGGCUUUCACAAUGUUCGACCUUAUUACUCUCACAGUUAGCAGCAACUUCCCAUCGCACGUCAGGAGGGGCAAUGCCAGCUAGCUUGUAGAGUUUAUCAACAGGUGUAGGUUUAAGGCAUCCUGUGAUUAUUCUACAUGUUUCGUUCAGUGCUUUGUCCACCUGCUUCACAUGGGCAGACUUUUGCCAGACAGGACAGGCGUACUCAGCAGUUGAGAAAGACAAGGCCAGGGCUGAUGUUCUUAUUAAUUGUAGGUCUGCACCCCAUGCACUGCCAGUAAGUUUCCGCAAGAUGUUGUUGCGUGCAGCUACUUUGUGCUUGGUGUUCAUGCAGUGUUUCCUAUAUGUUAGUGUUCGAUCUAAAGUGACACAAGGUAUUUAGGAUGGAAACGGUGUUCGAGCUCUUGGCCUUCCCAAGUAACUUUCAGUUUCCUGUUGGCUUCAUGGUUACGUAGGUGGAAAGCACACACUUGUGUCUUGGAAGGGUUAAGCUUCAGGUGGUUCUCUUUGUAGUAGCUGGAGAGAUCUUUCAAGGCAUUAGUGAGUUGGUUUUCAACUGUUUCAAAAUCUUUUUCUUGUGUUGUUAGGCCAAGGUCAUCAGCAUAUAUAAAACUCUGAGAAGUAAAUCCUUUGCUUUCUAAUAGUGCAGUGUACACAAACUUUGUUUCUUGAACAAAAUCAUCAAAAAUAGUGUAUAAAAUUACAUUUCAGCUAUGUAUAUGAGGUGCCUGCAAAACAGAAACAAAUUUCAUGUUUAGACUUGAGUCCCAUCUCCGAGAUAUUUCAUUAUGCACGUACAGUAGAGUCUCACUUAUCCAACGUUCUGGAUUAUCCAACACAUUUUUGUAGUCAAUGUUUUCAAUACAUUGUGAUAUUUUGGUGCUAAAUACGUAAAUACAGUAAUUACUACAUAUCAUUACUGCCUAUUGAACUACUUUUUCUGUCAAAUUUGUUGUAUAACAUGAUGUUUUGGUGCUUAAUUUGUAAAAUCAUAACCUAAUUUGAUGUUUAAUAGGCUUCCCCUUAAUCUCUCCUUAUUAUCCAACAUAUUCGCUUAUCCAGCGUUCUGCCAGCCCAUUUAUGUUGGAUAAGUGAGACUCUACUGUAUAUGCAAAUGCAGAUAUUCCAAAAUCUGAAAAAAAUUCCAGAUCAAAAGCACUUUUGGUCCCAAGCAUUUUGGAUAAGGAAUACUCAAGCUUUAUAGCAACUACAACAUAAUAAUAAGGACUCAAUCUAAGCCACCCAAGCUUUCCUCCUUUUGCUGGAUAUGUGGUUAGUGUGCAAUAAAUGUUUGAAUUUAGGAUCAAGCAUUGGAAAGCAGAGACCUCUGACACUUCCUUGCAGGAAAUUCAGUGGGGGAUAAUGUACAGCAUGCAUUUUUAUCCAGUGGAGACCAGUAGCUUCCAUGUUAAUGGAGUGGUAAACAUGCUGCAGGUUUCAGUCCAAAUUUUCUAGUAUUCUUGAACACUAAAAUAUUUUCUAGUAUUCUGAACCUUGUUCUCCAGAUAGGUUCAGCAGCACUUGUGUCGUACAGUCUUAUCUUAAGCAAAAAGCUAAAUUCCCAUGAUAAAUGAAUUGAAUUGUAAAGGGUACAGUAAGGUCUGGAAAGAAAAUAAAACAAAAUGCCCUUUGAGGAUUUAUUCAUAUAGCACCGAUUAAGUCACCAACAUUGUUCGAUUUGUAACGGAUUUUACAGACAGCUGUUCUGAGCAACAUUGGUUAAUAUUCUUUGGAAAAGGUUAAUAUCAGUUAUAAGUCUGACUCUAGCUUCACUCAUCUUUUAAAAACCUGCAGUUUUUUACUAAUACUUCUGGCUAGGAGCUAAGAAAUAGACAUCAUUUUCUGAGUCAUAUAAUAGUAAGCUGCUGUCACACAGUGACAACAAGAUAGAAAAACCUAAGUUCCAGAUUGGUUGAUUCAGAGCUUAAUGGCUCCGCUAUAGGGUGACUGGUUUUUACAAAUAGCAGAUGAGCUUAAAAUUUCAGUUCUCUUUCUUUAUGAAGUAAGUAUAGUUGUUUCAGUCAAUUGUAUGAUAAAAGAUUUGCAAAAUACUAUUCUUAUUUACUUAAGAAUAAAACUAUUUGCAUAAUCCUGUUAUAUAAAAUAUUUUAAAUGAAUGUGCAUAACAUCAAUAAAUGGAUAUAAUUCUG